AUGGCUGGAGGCAAUGCCGACAAAGGGCAGGGCUACAUCGCGGCCCUGGACCAGGCGCGGAGUCAGGGUAGAUGGGAUGAACUCCCCGAGUUGAUUCGAAAAGUCACGAAACACGCACCGCAAAAGACUUGCCUGAUACAGACCGCAACAGCGGAAUCGCGUGUGAUUGCGUAUCUUCAACAAAAGUCCUCCGGUGACUCAUCUUCCUCGCCGAACCUCGUCGAACUGAUCCCGGCCCUGUUGAUGACAAUCGAGAAUAAUGACGGAUCACCACAAGAAUUAUUCCAAGCGCAGGUCUGCCUGGGGUGGAUACAUUGGGCUUUUAAUGAACCUGGACUUUCGGCGGCGCGUCUUCCUAAAGAUUUCACAGCAACCCUUGGUAGCUUGGCUAGCGGAGAGCAACUUACUUCGUGGACCGAGGUCUGUUUAGUGAAGGGAUGCUAUAUGAAGGCAACCGCGCAAUCUACCGCUGCAGACAUCGAUGAGACACUGGAGAUAUUUGCGUCUCUAAUUCCGUGGCUAAGCAGCGGCAAAUUAGCCUCAACCACCACCUCGCAAUUCCUGAACUGGUCCGAGUCACUUCUGGGAAAUGGUGCUCUUUUAGCCAGUAAUGAAGUGACUAAACAUACACCCUAUUCAGCUUCUAAGCAUGCAGAUAUUGCUUUGCGAUUGCUCAGGUUGUGGGCGGCUCAUCCUGCCGUGAAACAGGGUGUCUCUCCAAACAACCCGUCGAAUGUGGAUUCUUUCGGCUCAGCUCCCCGAGCAUCGGUAUGGGCUGCUUAUUACAGGCUUCUCACAGCGGUCCUACAGGGUGGACUUGCAUACACUGGUCCGAAUGAUGGGCCGGACCGCCCGCAACUUAGCACUGAAUUGCGCCGCGUAGAGACUAUCUACGAACGCAAUCUUCUCUCUGAAGUCAUGUUCCCUACAGCAAGCUCGCAGAACUCACAAGUCGAGGAAUGGGUAGAGCAAGUAAUCAGCAACUGGCAAGUCUUGUGUGGUCCCGAGUGGCAGGAUUCGGACCUCGGCGAAGGAGGCCAGAAUGCGGUUAGUCGCAAUGUUUUAGAGAUUUUGUACCGGGCAGCUGCAAAGACCUACCAUUCUCAUUUGGUACUCCGACGUCUCUUCCAUGUUCAUUCUGCUUUGGCAGACUUUGACCUUGCCGUGAAAGCACUCGAUUCCUAUAUCGAGAUUGUCACUGGAGCCAAAGAAAGGGCAGAGAAGUCUGCGGAGUACGGUGAGCUGGAAAAGGAUGAAGUCUUGCUGCAAACCCUUUCUGAAGGAGUCACAUUAUUGAGCUGUCUUGGCUCGUUGGAAGAGGCAGAAAAAGCCCGAGAUCUGACUGAAAUAAUAAGGGAGUAUACUGACAAGCACAAUACGCCUUCCACAAAUGGUCAGAUUAAUGGCAAUUCGACGGACUUGCCAAGCAUCCCUCCAUCCGUGCUGGCCUCCUCCUACCGAGCAGUCGGUGUUGGACUUGCCUGCUGGGCAAGCUGGACUCCUGUGAAUGAAUCACGCGAUGAAAUUAGAGCCGAUGCGAUCGAAUACCUUGAAAAGAGUCUUGCUCCAGAAUUAGGAAGUAGCUCAAACUAUUCCUCACUUUACACUCUAGGCCUUGUCUUGGCUGAGAACAGAGAUUUGGACACUGCGAUUGACUACGUCAAGUCAGCUCUGACGCCAAGCAGUUUGUCUACUGCAGUAUCUGAUGAUCUUUCUAAAGAACGUGACUUAGUAUCUAUGUGGCAUCUGCUUGCGCUGCUGCUGAGUGCGAAACAAGAGUUUGAGAUUGCCGGGCGUUCAUGUGAGGCUGCAUUCGAGCAGUUUCCCCGAGAAUUAUUCUCGAAGGAUCCUCGCGAACGGCGUUCAUCGAGGCAUUCGCAAACUCUUAGCCAGCGCCCGAUUGUCAGUAGGUUGCAAGCCAGAGAAAAAGAACGGAUCGUUCAAACUCGCAUCACACAUAUUGCGUUCAUCGAGCUCCUGGAGGGGCCUGAAGCCGCUGUCAAUCACAGCACACAAUUAUUGGGCCUUUUCGGCACUCUUUUCCAGAACUUGAACCUCGAGGCUGGGGAAACUAAAGCUAAAGCAGACUACCUCGUACCGCCAAAAAGCUCCGCUGGAACUACCAAGAGCUUCCGUGGAAGCAUUUUCGGCCGAAACAGAAAUUCGCAAUUACCAGAUCGCCGUGCUGACCAGAGUAAUGGCCCUGAUGCCAUCAUUCCACCCACUCCAGCUAUCCCCAAUGGUCAUAUGACAGAUUCCCCGUCAAUUCAAGUCACAGAUGAAGAUCCUCACAGCCGUCAGGGAAGACCGCUAACGAUUGGGAGGGCGGACUCCAAGAAAUUGAAAAAGCGAAGCUCAAGCUUUCAUAGGACUGAGAAGGCGCGUGUUGAAGAGCCCCCACUUCCUAAUGGGGGUGAAACGUCAGCAGAAAUGGUCGGCAUUGCAUUUUCUGGCACCACAUCGCCAGAGUCCGUAAUCCAUCCUACCAAAGGCAAACAGCCACUACCGGCGAUGGCACACAACAUGGACUUCAAGCAACAAGCUCCCCCGGGCGGCCAUGAGGAACAACCCCCUAAACAGGACAUCCGGCUCCCAAUCGGUUACCGUUUCGACUCUCCCACGUGUGCCGUCACAAAGUUUUCUUUAGUCCAAUCCCAGAAGCAUGCCUUAGCUCUUCUCGUCAAAAUCUGGCUUGUUGUCGCUGGUCUUUAUCGCCGAGCUUCUCUAUUUGACGAUGCCCGUGAAGCUUGCGAAGAAGCUUCGAAACAAGCAGCGCGAGUGGAAGCCCUUACUGCCUCACAUGAAUCCUCGGCUCGAUCUUUUAGCAAGCGCGGCUGGGGUGCUUCAAAGAGCUCUGAGGAGCUCUGGGCUGAUGUCUACGCAGAGCAGGGCCUCUUGUCCCAGGCUCGAUCGAACCCCCAUCAAGCCAUGAGGCACUUUGAGGAAGCGCUGCUGCGCUACCAAGACCACCCAACGGCGACCAUUGGACUUUCCAAUCUUCUCUUAGACAUAUGGGACCAGAAGUUAGCCCCAGAGCCACCGAAUGCCGACGUGGAUCUGAACGCCUCACGUCUAUCGUUGCUGUCGGAGACCCCCAAGCUCAAGUCUGCGAAGGCUAUCUCGACCGACGAGCUCAAACUACCAAGCGAGACCGAAAAUACGGGUUCCGAAGAGGCUCCUCUAUCUGCACAAGAUGUCGAGCCUAAGCAACUGCACCGUCUCGCGGCCCGCGAUCGUGCCUAUGGGCUUCUUUCAUCUUUGACGAAGCUCGGAAGCUCCUGGGACAAUUCCGAGGCGUGGUAUGCGCUAUCGAGAGCAUAUGAGGCCGGUGAGCAGGUUGAAAAGCUGAAAGAAGUACUUUGGUGGUGCAUUGAGCUGGAGGAUCGACGACCAAUCCGGCACUGGUCCAAUAUCGGCUCCGGUGUCUAUGUUCUCUAA